UAGAGGCGCGUUCACUUCACGCUCCUCAUUAUUGGCCGUCCGUCCACUUCUCUUUCUAUUUUCCAAUACUCGGUCACAUCGUCUGUCUGAAUUUUUUCUCUGUUGUUUCCUUUCCGAAAUCUUUCGAAUCGAAUGAUGUAACUCUGAACAACAAAAUCUUCGUCUCUCGCAUUUGUCAGAUUAAAGACAGAUAAUCCCAAGAACAAUAAGUCGAUCUUAAGAAAUGAAUGCGAAUUGAGGUUUGACCAAAAAAUCAGACAAAACCCGUCUUUCUCAAAAUCGUUAAACAAUGUUGAGCGAUGAUGAUAAAGAUUCAGACGAGCUUAAUAUAUUUCUCAAUGCCAUUGGUGAAGCACCUGACAGUGAAGCUCCGGUGAGGAACUCGACGUCUUUCGACUUCUUGAGCUUCGACGAUAAUGUAGGAGGAGAUUCGCAUAACCCGUUUCAAGAUUUCGAUUCGGAUCAACUCGAGAGCCCAGUUUUUGAAUCUCCUAGGGUUUAUGUCGCACCAAGGGUGGUGAUAAGCCAUCAAGACUCGUUCUCAGAAGAUUCAAGAAUCGAUGUGAUCGAAGAUGCGAGGAUAUUGCCGGUUUCGCCUCGCUUAAGAGUUCCUGCUUCUCCUAGAGCUUUUGUGUAUCAGAGAUCUGUGGAAUCUCCUCGUUUUGGUUCUCCCGUAGGAUUGAUUGAUACAGCUUCACCUUUCGAGUCUGUGAAGGAAGCAGUUUCAAAGUUUGGAGGGAUCACAGAUUGGAAAGCUCAUAAGAUUCAGACAAUAGAGAGAAGGAAGAUGGUUGAUGAAGAGCUUGAGAAGAUACAAGAAGCUAUGCCUGAGUACAAGAGAGAAGCUGAGUUAACUGAAGAGGCGAAACAAGAUGCGUUGAAGGAGCUAGAGAGAACAAAGGGACUCAUUGAGCAGCUAAAACUCGAGGUAGAGAAAGCGCAAAAGGAAGAGGAACAAGCGAAACAGGACUCGGAGCUCGCGCAGAUGCGUGUUGAGGAGAUGGAGAAAGGUGUUGCUAAUGACGCCAGCGUCGCUGUCAAAGCGCAGCUCGAGGUAGCUAAAGCGAGACACGAGUCAGCCAGUUCUGAGCUACGGUCUGUUAGAGAAGAGAUUGAAAUGGUUUGUAAUGAACAUAAAGAUUUGUUGAGGGAAAAAGAUUUAGCUGCCAAGAAAGCUGAGGUUGCUGUUAUGGAAGCUAAAGAGAUUGAGAGGAAGAUGGAUGGUUUGAGUAUAGAGCUAAUUGCCACUAAGGAAUUGUUGGAAUCAGCGCAUACAGCUCAUCUCGAAGCAGAAGAGAAGAGAUUCGGUGCAGCAAUGGCUCGGGACCAAGACAUUUACAAUUGGGAAAAGGAACUGAAAAUGGUGGAAGAUGAUAUCGAGAGGCUUAACCAAGAGAUUCGUGCAGCUGAUGAUGUGAAAACUAAGCUAGAGACUGCUUAUUCUCUUCAGUAUGAUUUGAGAGCUGAAUUAGCAGCUUCAAGCAGUAAUCUGAUGAUGGAAAAGAAGAGCACUAAUGACAUUCACGAAGCGGUUGAUUCCGCCAAGAGAGAGCUGGAAGAAGUCAAAUCCAACAUUGAGAAAGCAGCUUCUGAAGUGAAAACAUUGAAGAUAAUCGCUGGAUCAUUACAGUCAGAGCUUGGACGAGAGAAACAUCAUUUAGCAGAAACUAAGAAGAGAGAAAAUGCGGGUUUGGUCAGGGAAACGGAUAAAGAAGAAGGAGAGGAGGUGGCGGAAACAGCCAAGAGGUUGGAGCAGGCGACGAAAGAGGCAGAGGAUGCAAAGUUGUACGCCGCAGCUGCUAGAGACGAGCUUAGAAUGGCAAAGGAAUUGUCUGAACAAGCGAAAGCAGGAAUGUCUACGAUAGAGAGCAGGUUAAUUGAGUCGAAAAAGGAAAUGGAGGCAGCUAGAGCUUCAGAGAAGUUGGCCUUGGCUGCAAUAAAAGCUCUGCAAGAGACUGAAAGUUCUCAGAGAUUUGAGGAGAUUAAUAAUUCACCGAGAAGUAUCAUAAUUUCUGUAGAGGAAUACUAUGAGCUAAGCAAGCAGGCACAAGAGUCUGAGGAGGAGGCAAACACAAGGCUAUCAGAGAUUGUGUCUCAGAUAGAAAUGGCUAAAGAGGAAGAGUCAAGAAUCUUGGAAAAACUAGAGGAAGUGAAUAGAGAGAUGAGCGUCAGAAAAGAAGAGCUUAAAGAGGCUAUGGGAAAAGCUGAAAAGGCUAGAGAUGGGAAGUUGGGUAUGGAGCAAGAGUUGAGAAAAUGGAGGUCAGAGAAUGGGAAGAGGAGAACAGAAGAAGGGAGAGAGCCUGAGAAAAGCCCAACGAGGUCAAGCACCGAGGGGAGAAAUAAGGAGAACGGAUUUUGGCAGUCGAAAUCGUUUGCGUUUGGUGAUCAAGGAAGCGGAAGCAACAACAUUGGAGGAGGCACUAACAACAAUAAUCUGACCCCUGAAACAAAGAAGAAGAAGAAGAAGCUUUCUUUGUUUCCAAAGGUUUUCAUGUUCUUGUCAAGGAAGAAGUCUCACAAGUGAAACAAAUUUGAAUACGUUUUUCUUUUCUUCAAUAUAUUUUGUUUGUUUUUUUCUUUUUCUUUUUCUUACACCAACAACAAACACAGAUGAGUCUGCAAAUUACUUUCCCAUGU